AUGGCGCUCGACCUAGGCCUCGGCCGCGCCUGCCCGGUGCGACGGAAACCGACCGGCGCGGCGAGCAACGCGAUCAACUUUUUCACCUUUCGCCCGGGCAAGGAGGAUCCCGAGAGCCUCGAGUGCCGGCGGACGUGGCUCAUGUGCUACUACCUCGCGUCCAACGCCGCCAUGGGGCUCCGCCGACCCUACCUCGUCCGAUGGAGCGUGUUUAUCGAGGAGAGCCUCAAGUUGCUCGAGACGUCGGCGGAAGCGGCGCCGACGGACAAGCAAUUCUGCAUCCUGCUGCGGAUCAACAAGCUCGGAGAAGAUGUGUCGACGCGCUUCUCCGUCGACGACCCCGCGAUGGCGGCAACCCUGCAAGAUUUUGGAACGCAGCUCGCCCUCCGCGGGUUCGAAGUGGAGCUGGAGAGGUUGAAGCGUUCCAUACCAGAGUCACUGAUGCAACCUGUGAUAAUACUCGGGAUUGAGUACCUUAAUAUAUACAUGCACGAAAGCUGCCUCCAGAACGCAAAUACGGACACGUUCAAGAGCUGCCUCACCACCGCGACCAUUGAUACAAUGCUCAACCCAAAGGCCAUGGGCAAGGCGCAAAUCGAUGCACUGCUCGCCUGCGUCGCGGCAAUCACGACGUCGUUUGACACGUUCCUAGGCAUGGAUAUCGCGAGAGUGCGCUGCCUUCCCGUCUUCAACUUUGUCCGCAUUGCCUACUCGCUCGUUAUCCUUAUCAAGGUCAACCUCGCCAUGUCAGCGGCGGAGACGCCGCUCACCACGAUCAUCGCGGAUAACCUCAGGGCCGAAACGUACCUAGAUUCCUUACUGGCCAAGCUCUCAGAGGCAUCCUCGGAAGGCAGAUGCCGGCCAGCGGGAAAGUUCUUAUCAGUCCUCUCGACAUUGAAAGGGUGGUUCACCAACAAGGGCGCACAGCAGCGUAAGAACGGCAGGCCUGAACGCCACAGCGGGAACGAGGCUGGGCCCGGACUUCGACCGUUCUCCUCCCCAACGCCGACGGUGGGCACCACCACAGCCGAGUCCGGGGUUCGGUCGGGCCCAACGACGAGACAAACUGCUGUCGGAGGUGGCGACGGGCGACUCUGGCGCUAG